AUGCUUUCCGAGGUCCAGUCCUACGCCCUGAACGGAGACUUUGACUUUUACCGACUUGCAGAAGAGGAGCCUUCCUUCUUGAGAACUGUCUAUUUGGCAUUUUUCGGCGUGGCCACAAAAUAUAAAGACAAGAUCAAAUUAAAAGCAAUCAUUAAGCGUAUUCCGUGGGAAUGUCGCGCUCGUGUUGUGAAUUUCGAGCCAGGUCAUGGACUCAACGUUGUGUUUUGGGCCAUCCUCCUGGACCUUGAUGACAAGGUCCGAUUAUUUCUCGACGCUGGCUUUGACAUUGAUCGCGAGUGGCACGGCAGAGGCUCGGCAUUGAUGUUUGCCAGCAGCGUCGGGGCAUUCAAGUGCUUCAAGCUUCUCAUUCAACGCGGCGCAAAGAUCUCAUACCUUGGUACUGGCAGACGCGAGCCUGUCAUGAGAUCUGCAGUGGAGGAAGCAAAGAGACAUCCCAGCCUACUGCGGUGGCUCCUUGUCGACCGCUACUACAAGACAGAUUACCUUACGGAGAAGGAGCACAAUGGGCCAGAUACUAUUACCAAGCCUUGGUCAGGUCCUCGCAAAGCGUUGUACACAUUGAGCGGCGUUGGUGGAGAAUGUUCCCGGUUGCAUAGCGAGUCUAUGAUAUUUUAUGCUCAGCGAGUUUCGACGAUGCGCAAGAGUCUGGAGGGACGUGUAGUACCCGCUACUCUUGUUUGA